CGCGCGGAGCGCAGCGGGGCAGCCUCGCGCGCGCACCGCACGGCGCACGGCGCACGGCGCAGUGUCGCUCGGUCGCUCCCGCGAGCCAGUCGCCUGGCGCCAGUCGUCGGUCGUCGGUCGUCGGUCGUCGGUCGUCGGUCGUCGGUCGCCAGUCGCCAGUCGCCAGUCGCCAGUCGCCAGUCGCCAGUCGCCCGUCGCCCGUCGCCAGUCGCCAGUCGCCAGUCGCCAGUCGCCAGUCGCCAGUCGCCAGUGGUCAGUGGCAAGCGGCAAUCGCCAGUGGGCACCCGCGCUCUCCCGGGUCGCGCCCCGCGGGCAACGAGGAGGCCAGGGCCGCGCGCCCGAGAUGACUUGACGGCGGACGGGGCUCGCGCAGACGGACCGCAAAAGCAGUGGGCAAGGAUGGGGCGCCGCGGCAGGCUGCUGUUCCUGGUCGCGGCGGCGGUGCUGCUGCUGGCGCUCGCGCCGCUCGGCGACUCGGCCUGCCCGAGCCGCUGCCGCUGCCGCGACGAGCUCGCGCUCGUCGAGUGCAGCGCCCGCGUACCCGAGGCCGCUUGGCUCGACGGCCAGCCGGCUGUCCGCCGGCUCUGGCUGGACCGCAUCCAGCUGCCGCUGCUGGAGGCGCACGCGCGCGACCCCGUCGCCUCGCGCUUCUACCGGCGGCAGCUCGAGGGCCUCAGCCUCACGAGGUGCGCUUGGCCGGCCAACGAGAGCCUCGCGCUCGAGCUGCUGGCCAAGUUCGUCUCGCGCCUGGCGAACCUCAGGCAGCUGAACGUGUCGCGCAACGCUCUCGGCACCGUCGACUGGUGUCGCGACGUCGACGGGCCGAACAUCACGGCCUUCAACGCCAGCCACAACGAGAUAUCGCGAGUGGCUCGCGACGCGUUCCGCGGCAUGGCCCAGCUCACCGAGCUCGUGCUCGCGAGCAACCCGCUGACCCAUCUCCCCGCGGCGCUGAGGCACCUCCGCAACUUGCGCUCGCUCGACUUGUCCGACAACAGGAUCUACAAGCUCGACUCGACGCUCGGCGACAUGCCCGAGCUGCGUCGGCUCAACUUGGCCGGCAACAAAAUCAGCUUCUUGCACGGCGAGUACUUCCGUGACGCACGGAGCCUCGUCGAGCUCGACAUCUCCAGAAACGCCUUCCAGUUCAUCCAGGCCGAGAGCUUGCAGCCCUUCACGAGUCUGUCGGUGCUGAAUCUGUCGGAGAAUCGGUUGAUCGAGCGCGACCUCUCGUUGCUGCUGGACUCGCUGAGGCGCUUGGAAGUCGUGGACGCGUCCAGGAUCGGCCUGUGGCGCGUGCCGGCAACUCUCACGCGGUCCGUCAAGCUCAUGAGGCUCGUCGGCAACCAGCUGACCGCCAUCAACAGCGGCGACUUCGACAGCUACCCGCUGCUCGAGUUCCUGGACAUGUCGGGCAACAAGCUCAUCGCGAUCGAGGACGACGCGCUGGGGCGCCUCGACGACCUCGAGCAACUGAACCUCUACGGCAACAUACUGUCGAGCGUGCCCAAGAGUUUGCCGAGGAACCUCAGGAUCUUGGAUUUGCGCCAGAACGCCAUCGCCGCGGUAAAUGCCAACGACCUGCGUGGACUGAGCAAGCUGCGGAGACUGGAUUUGAGCGGCAACGUGCUGGGCAGCAUCGAGAACGGCGCCCUCCGCCAUCUGACGGCGCUGCACGAGCUCGACGUCUCCGACAAUCCCAUCAAACGCCUGACGUCCGACGCGCUCGCCGGCCCGCAAGUGCUCUGGCGGCUUCGCCUGGCCGGCCUCACGGAAUUCAAGCUCGACGAGAAUCAAAAUCGAGACGCCGCUUUCCCCUACUCGCAGCCGGAGCACCUGCUCCAGCUCGACCUCUCGCGCUCCUCUUCCCUGGCUGCUCUAUUUUUAGCCGACAACGCCACGCUUUCGGCUUGCAAGCAGCUGCGAAGGCUAGAUCUCUCCGGUACGAACAUCGGCUCGGUGAGGGCCGACCUCCGUUACGUUCUACCGGAACUGGACACGAUCGUUCUACUGGGCAACGAGUUCGACUGCGCCGCGUGGACCGAGCGAUUCGUGCGGUGCCGCGACCACGAGUUCAUCGAGUUUCUGGCGGAAGGAGCCGAGCAAGCGGCCUCGCCGACCAAGCCAAUGCUCCGAGUCUCCGCUGCGACGACACCUUUCAAGCAACGAGCGACCACGCUCCACUCGCUUCGGACUUCGGAUUUCAAGAGUCAAAUGCCAAAGCAAUUCGACAUGCUGGUCAAACCUACGGCAACGCCGCCGACGACGGACUUGUUGGCGAGCACCAUCGGCAGCACGCGAACAGCGCCCACGGAAAUGCAAACUUUGGAGGGCGAGAACGCGACGCCGUCGACGGCAACGUCGGCACAUUCCGUCGAGGAGCGCCCAGACUGGCACACACCUGGUCGGUCCAUAGUUGUAAAUAAGAAACUGCUGAAGAAAACGACACCUGUGGAGGACAAUCAAAACAGUCAGACGACAACGAGGUUGCCGUCGACUGGUCAAAGGAAGCUGGCCGCAACUAUGAGAACUUGGACCGAGGAAGGUAUGAUUGGCGAAGAUCAGCCGGCGAUAAUCAAUUUGGAAAACGACGGCAUUACGACCACGACCUACGACGAGCAUUUCAGAUCCUCGAACCAUAUCUUUUCCGAGUUCUCACGCUCGAAAGUUCUGCUGGCGAACGACGAGGAACAAGUAAGUGCCGAGGAGUUGAUCAACGAUCGAAGCCAACGCGGCUCGGAAUUCUUCAGUAGUGGCACCCAUCCAGGAAUGCUGAUACUCGUUGGCGCGGUGAUCGGAGCUGCUGCGGCAUUGACCGUCGUUUUGUCGAGACGGGCCACAGCGAAAGGUCGCGAGCAAUACCAUCGCCAGGAAAACAUCGCGCUCACACCAACCACCGAACAACGCUGGUGAAUCUGUAUCAUUAUGCCCUCAUUGUAUAGCAAACUUUUCUCUUAGUGACUUCUUACACGUUGUGACAAUAAAAUGUUUGAGGGACAUUUGCGAACGUUUUUGUAAAAAAAUCAAUAAAAUAAAAUACGUUGAUUAAAAAAAUGAAAGUCGAAGUUAUGCUUAGAGUGAGAGUUUUCGAAAUAAGCCAAAAGAUGUUGUAGGCAAAGGUGGCAAAAAGACUAGAUAUUAUCUUUCGUAAGAUACAAAAACAAACAAACAAAAAAUCCAGUGUCAAAGUAAUAUUACAAUAAUAAAUAAUGUAUCGAAGCCACACGCGGAUGUAUAAUUGAGUAAAAUCCUUCCUUUUUAUUCGAUAUACUCUGACAACGUACAAGUAUUACAAUGAUUUUAUUUUAUAUAUAUAUAUGUGUGUGCGUGUGCGUGUGUAUCGGUGUGUGUCUAUGUGUGUCUGCGCGCGCGUGUAUGUGUGUGUGUGCGUGUGUAUGUAAUAAACUUGUACUUGUAGAUAUGUGGCAUACUACACUGCGUGUGUUAACAAUUUCUUUGGUAGUUUAGUUUGAGAUAUUGUAGUUUUCUUAAAUGCUCGCCAAACUUGUGCACGAGUAGUUUCCCUUUUCGUUUUUGCUUUCAUCGGGUAUCAGUUUUCUCAAUAACGUACAUAAGAAUACCAUAUAAUAUAUUUGUUAAAUGAAUACAUACUAUUUUGAAAAAUAAACUUAAUUAA